AAAACUAAUCGCCAUGGCCAAAGAAAAGAAAGAAAAGAAGGUGAAGCAGGAGAAGAUGGACGUUGAUUCCGAGGUUGAGACCGUUCGUUACGUCUCUCCUAUUGCCCACCCCUUGGCAGAGAAGAAGUUCACCAAGAAGAUCUUCAAGACCAUUAAGAAGGCUGGCAAGGCUAAGCAUGUUCGUCGUGGUGUAAAGGAAGUCGGAAAGGCUCUCCGUAAGGGUGAAAAGGGAUUUGUUAUCAUUGCUGGUGACAUUUCUCCCAUUGACGUUGUGGCCCACAUGCCCGUCCUGUGCGAGGACAGCAACGUGCCAUAUGUCUUUGUCUCUUCAAAGGAGGAACUCGGAGAGGCAAGUUUAACCAAGCGCCCCACUUCCGUCGCCAUGGUUGUUUUUGGAGGCAAAUCAAAGGAUGCCAAGGAUGCUGAGGCAGCUGCUGACUACAAGGAGAUGUAUGAUGAGUGUUAUGCUCAGGCAAAGGAGUUGGACGAGAAGCUUGUUUAUUAAUCGCCUCUUUUCUUUAACCUUUUUUUUCUUCAACCUCUUGGUUCUGUAUAAAAAUAAAAACGUAAAAAAACAAAACAAAUAUAUGUUU